AGCCCAUAGACGGCAUGAUCUCGCCCGGAUUGAGCGAGUGACGUGCCGUAUGCGUAUUCGUAUCCGAAUCACCUGGGAAUCGCAGCUCUCCUGGCUGAGAAGACAACCCCAAUUCCCUAAAAGCUAAGGGGUUCCAAGUACCUGAAAGGUGUUGCUAACAAAGGGAGGAGCAAAUCGGGAACCCCAACCAUGAACCAUGAACCAUGAACCAUGAACCAUGAACCAUGAACCAUGAAACCAUCUAGUCGUCGCAUGUCUAGUCAAGAGAGCGUGCUCUGUAUAAAGCGAUCAAUCAGUCUAGUCUUCGCAUAGAAAAUUAUCUUUAAUUACUCGUAAUCGUAAAACCAAAACCCUAUCAUUAGCCCGAACGACCACACUUCCUUUUUUUUUGAGUGCUGUUCCUUCAUUUUUUUUUUUGGCUCUAUAAAUAGUUCAAUUCUGGGCUGGAUACUCAUAGCUAUAAUAUCGUAACAUACAUAUGCAUAUGUCUAAGCAUUAUAAGCGUUACUUGUACGUACAACUCUCUCUCUCUCUAUAUAUAUAUAUAUAUAUGGUAUAUAUACUCGUGUAACGUUUGCAAUAAUUAACCAAUUGAAUAUUUAACGAAACGAGAGAGCAGAGAUUACAAAUUAAUUAUACAAUUUAGGACAACUGACGAAGAAGCCCAUGCAAUGUAAACAAAGAGCAUCACUUUAAACUUAAUUAAAUUACCUAAUUACUAAAGAUAACGAAACCUAUGCAUAAUAACUAUCGAAUAAACCCAUAAAGUGUACGACAAGUCUGACUCUGUGGGACCUCUGAUAUUCAAUGGAGAAAGGAUGAAGAUGCGAUCGGUGUUUCAUAAGUGCUGCUGCUGGGCAGGAUGUGCGGCUCUCGAUUCAAUGAUUUAUUUGGCCGACCCAUCGAAGCAGGAAACCCGCUGGUGACGCAACAAUCCGGAAACCACUGGAAGGUUGCCCGCCAAACAGCACUACUCUUGGCCUGAUCCGCUGAGUGUCUCGCUUUUGUCUCGCUGCUGGCCAAAAACCCAGCUUCGAUACGAAAAUUACAUGCCAAAAUGUGGGCACACACCGAAAGUAUCAUAAGUUCAUAGAGGCAGCAAACACGUUUGUUUCGCCUGCGCUGCAUUGUAAUUUAAACGAAGCCCGCGGAACGUUGACCCGCUGCUCCACUACACUACUGCAACUGGGUGGCCAGGUUUUCAAGGAGGGAUGCAUGCGGCUGGCUGGGAAAGACCCAAAUACGGCCACCAUUGGAACUGCAUCGCAUCUGGGGAUCUGUAAUAGGUCGAGGUGCUACGCUUCCUCGUUGCAUGUUGCUGGUUGCUACAAGUUGCUCUGGGCCUGAACUUCACAGAUGACAAAAACAGCUCUAUAUUCACUUAAUUUAGCAGUGCCUCAGCAGCACCUCCAACAUCUGCCGACCGCACGGUGAGCGUGGAAAAUAGUUUUUCCUUUUGCUUUCUGCCAGAGCCAAGCUUUUCCGGUUAAUGUUAUGUUGCCGGUGGUUGGUAUAAAAACUGCGGCUGCCAUCGGUGGUCAUGUCAGUUGUGGAUUCGCACUUAACCCACUAGUUAACCCAAACGAAGCGUUCCAAGCGAUGAAAGCCUUUGUGUGUCUUCUGCUUAUUGGAGUGGCCAGUGUGACUGGAAAACCUAAGCCUCCGGGAGGCGGCGGUUGGUCCUCUGGAGGAGGAGGAGGCGGCGGAGGAGGCUGGUCCUCUGGAGGAGGAGGAGGAGGCUGGUCCUCUGGAGGAGGAGGCGGGGGCGGCCAUGGGGGAGGAGGGGGCGAUGUACAGAUCAUUAAAGUGAUCACGGAGAGCGGCGGAGGAGGUGGCGGCGGUGGCUGGUCUUCAGGAGGCGGCGGCGGAGGAGGCGGCGGCUGGUCUUCGGGAGGCGGAGGCGGCGGUUGGUCUUCGGGAGGCGGCGACGGAGGAGGCGGCGGCGAUGUGAAGCUCAUUAAGAUCAUAAGCCUGGGAUCCGGAGGCGGCGGCGGCGGCGGCGGCGGCGGCGGUUGGUCUUCAGGAGGAGGUGGUGGCGGCGGAGGCGGUUGGUCUUCAGGAGGAGGCGGCGGCGGACACGGUGGCGGCGGCGGUGGUGGCUCCAAGGUCAUCAAGAUUAUCAAGCUGAGCUCUGGAGGAGGAGGCGGUGGCCACGGGGGCGGCGGUGGCGGCGGUGGUGGCGGUUGGUCUUCAGGAGGAGGCGGCGGCGGCGGUUGGCAGCCCGCUGGAGGAUGGGCAUAGAAUAUAUGCCUAAAAUCCUAGGAAGCCAUCGAAGCAAUCCACCCCCACUCUUGUAAAUACUGUACAUAUCCAAGAAGCUUUGUUUUUUUGUUACUAUGCCCCAGACAACUGUUACUAAAUUAGGCAUGAGGCUUUAUAGAAAAUGGCCUUUGCUUGAAAUGCACAAAUUAAAUAUUAAAUAAAUGUACCCUUAAUCUGUAACUUUUUAAAUUAUUGUUUUGUAUACAGCCAAAUUCAGAAAUUCAAAAUAUUUGUUAAAAAUUAUGACUUUUCUUGUUAUGCUUUCAAUAUUUAAAAGUUUGUAUUGUAUCACAAAUAUUUUAAACCUUUUCUUGUUUUAAAAAAAAAAUCUUGUAACAGAAAAAAUAUGUAACACUUGAAUGAAA